UGGGCUGAAUGGCAGCACCCACGCUGGGCCGUCUGGUGCUGACCGACCUGCUAGUGGCCUUUUUUGGCAUGGCUUCCUGGGCUGCUGUCAAUGGGAUCUGGGUGGAGCUGCCCGUGUUGGUAAAAGACCUUCCGGAGGGUUGGAGCCUCCCCUCAUACCUCUCUGCGUGUGUGGCACUGGGGAACCUGGGUCUGCUGGUGGUGACUCUAUGGAGACGACUGGCCCUGGGCAAGGGCGAACAGGUCCCUAUCCAGGUGGUACAGGCACUGAGUGUAGUGGGCACAGCCCUGCUGGCACCUCUGUGGCACCACGUGGUCCCAGUGGCAGGGCAGCUCCACUUUGUGGCUGCCUUCCUGAUGCUGGCCUUGGUGUUGGCACUGGCCUGCUGUACCACUGUCACUUUCCUGCCCUUCCUGAACCACCUGCCACCUCCUUUCUUACGGUCUUUCUUCCUGGGUCAGGGUCUCAGUGCCCUGCUCCCCUGUGUGCUGGCCCUUGUGCAGGGUGUGGGCCACCUUGAGUGCCUGACAGCCCCCACCAACAGCACCUCUGGGCCUCCCCUCAACUUCCCUGAGCAUUUUCCUGCCAGCACCUUCUUCUGGGCACUGACUACCCUUCUGGUCACUUCUGCUGCUGCCUUCCAGGGUCUCCUGUUGCUGUUGCCAUCACUACCAUCUGUAUCCACAGGGUGCUCAGGGCCUGGACAUCAACUGGGAUCCCUAGGAGCAGAGGAGGAAGAGAAGGAGGAAGAGGAUUUGUCAUUGCAGGAGCCACCAAGCCAGGCAGCAAGCACCAUCCCUGACCCAGACCCUGAGGCCCAUCAGCUGCUCUCAGCCCAUGGUGCCUUCCUGCUGGGGCUGCUGGCCAUCACCAGUGCCCUGACCAAUGGUGUGCUGCCUGCUAUGCAGAGCUUUUCCUGCUUGGCCUAUGGGCGCCUGGCCUACCACCUGGCUGUGGUUUUGGGCAGUGCUGCCAACCCCCUUGCCUGCUUCCUGGCCAUGGGCCUGCUGUGCAGGUGCAAAGGGGCCCCAAGCUCCUUGGUGGGUGGAACACAAGGUUGGGGUCCAGGUCCUGGAACAGCCAGCCCUGAGUCUCUGCUCAUCCCCGACAGGUCCCUGGCAGGGCUGGGUGGUCUUUCUCUGCUGGGCAUGCUCUUUGGGGCCUACCUGAUGGCGCUGGCAAUCCUGAGCCCCUGCCCAGAGGUGGGCACCACUGCAGGGGUGAUCCUUGUGGUGCUGUCAUGGAUUCUGUGUCUGUGUGUGUUCUCAUAUGUGAAGGUGGCUGCAAGUUCCCUGCUACAUGGUGGGGGCCGGCCAGCAUUGCUGGCAGCUGGUGUGGCCAUCCAGAUGGGCUCCCUGCUUGGUGCUGGUGCCAUGUUCCCUCCCACCAGCAUCUACCAUGUGUUUCAAAGCAGAAAGGACUGUGUAGACCCCUGUGGCCCCUGAGCCUGGGCAGGUGAGGACCCCAUUCCACCCAUCCUGUCUGCAUCUUGAGGCUGCCACAGUUCCCAAUUACCUGUGGCCCAGGAAGGCUUCCCCCAACACAGGAACGCUCAUGGAAACCUGCACACUCUGCAGAAGACCUUGGCACUUCAGGCCAGGGUGGGGACCAAAGAACAGGCUCGGAGCCAGGUUGGGGCUGUGGGCUUGGCCCCAGGGCCGGAGAUCUUUGUGGAAUUUGUGCAAUAAAGUGUUUUUAUUAAAAAACAA